CAGCGCAGGUGGCCCCCAAGAUGGGUCGGGUGAGGGCUGAGCAGGCAUCUCAGGCCCCUGACCAUGAAAGGCGGAUCCAAGCUGCCAUCUCGGGGGUUGCCAAUGGGUUGUACAAAUCCUACAGAGCAGCUGCAAAGGCUGAGGGGGUUGUUUGGCAGACCUUGAUGAAUCAGGUGAAUGGCCACUGUAAAACCCGAGACAAAGCAUUCACCAAACUUCAGCUUCUGACCCCUAUACAAGAGGAAACACUCGUUGAUUGGUGCCGACUGAACUCCAGUAGUGCCACCUCCCUCCACUUCACAAAUCUCCAUGCUCAAGCAUUACAGGUGUGUGGUAAAUGCCCUGGAAAGAAUUGGCCAUGGCACUUUCUCACAUAUUUGGCCUAAUGAUCCCUCGUUUGAUACUGCACGUUACUAGCAUCAUCAUAUAGCUUUUACUAAUAGAGAUUCCAUCUACUUAGCACAACAUAGCCUGUAGACUUCACUACUAUUUUGUGCCAUGCAGCUUCCAGCGGGAUUUCAAAUUUUGGGGUGUGACUGUGUGUUACUUUUUGUGACAUUUAUGUGAUGGCCAACAAGUGG